AUGGUUCCCGGGCUUGGCCCUAUGGAUGCUCCGGCCAGCUUCACUGCUCGAAGACCAAAUGCUUCCAACCUCCCAUCCUUCGAACUGCCACCACCACCACUCUCCCACCUGCAUCAAUCGUACAACAACAAGGCCAACUAUUCGCACCUCAACUCGGCUCAUCCAGCCCCAUCCGCGACGACCUUGACGAGCGUGGGCAACCUCUUGACUCCUCCAAGCAACGGCUCAGCCGACGGCCUGAGCCCUACCUCCUCCGGCCUACCCAGCAGCGCAUCCCUCUCGAGCCACGGCGCAGCUCAACCAUUCACACCCAGCGGCAGUGGCAUGUGGCCACCUCCAUCAACUUCCGCAUCAACACCAUACGGCUUCCAGGCAGGCAAUCCCCCCCAGUCCAGCUUCCAAGGUCGUGCGCUCUUUUCUCCUUCGCUAGGCUCGAUUGUGCGUGGCAGCAACUCGCCAACUGCCAGUGAAGCCUUGCCGCCGCCGCCACCAUCAUACGACAUGCCACACUACUCUCAACAAUCAAUGCCGAUGUCUGCACCCAGCCUUCCGGCCGUUCCGAAUCACCAGCAGAUGAUGCAUGGUCAUGGCUCCAUGAUGGGCGGACAGCAGACACCUGUCUCCGGUCCAGUGACCCAUGCGUCUCCUGUGAGUGCGCAUGAAGCCUUUGCCCGCCCGCCUCCGACUCCCACGCAGGGCUAUUAUUCGCAGCCGACCCAGAGCCACCAACAUGGCAACUACUCGUACUCGGGCCCUUCACCGAUCCAACAUAGCCCCAUGAGCGCGGGCGGAUCGCUCGCAAAGAUGUCUCCCGUGAGCCACCAGGGACCACUUCCUUCACACCCUCCGCAGCCACAGUACUCGCAGCACAGGCAAUACAGUUACCCCAUGUCAGGACCAGUCCUCUCCAAUGUGAACAACCCAAGUGGCCAGCUCGCGCUCGUGGGAGGAGGCAUGCCACCAAACAUGAUGGCCUUCAACAGCGGCCACGCGGCGCAGAUGCACGCCAUGUAUGGCCAUCCCCACCAACAGCCGAGCCCACAGAACGACAGACCAUUCCGAUGCGACCAGUGCCCCCAGAGCUUCAACCGCAAUCAUGACCUGAAGCGUCACAAGCGGAUCCACCUGGCAGUCAAGCCAUUCCCAUGCGGCCAUUGCGAUAAGAGCUUCUCGCGCAAGGAUGCGCUCAAGGUAAGACCUCCUCUCCCUCUCGUCUCCCUUUGUUGUUGUUGUUGCCACAGGGACAAGACUGACGCGCGAUUGCAGAGGCAUGUCCUUGUCAAAGGGUGCGGGAAAGCGCAAGCGACGGCCGACGUCAAGGAGAUGGACAGCUCCGUCUCGCCCAAGAGCGAGAGCGUCAGUCCCGUCGUGACUGCCACCGCGUAA